ACCUGAUUACUUCAUAAAAACCAAUAAAAUCCAUAAUCCUGACUCAAAGCUGAAACUGAUAGGGCAUGAAAAGACAACCCACUUUAGGAAACCGGACAGAGGACGAGAGGAGAGCUGGACAUCACUUGGCCCAAACCACUGGUGACAGUAUUUAUUCUGAUGAACACUGAAAUCAACUGGAGAAACCUGGACGGAAGAAGAAAAUAAUACAACCCGACUGACGUGCAUGCUAGUAAUAAAAGACUUGAAUCCUUGAAAGAAAAGCCUUUUUGCCAGCUGAGAAUGGGUAAGGCAAAAGAUUCUGCAGUGGAGGAGAGACCCAAAUGGGGCAACAAGACUCAGUAUCUGCUAACAUCUAUUGGCUUCGCAGUGGGACUUGGGAACGUGUGGCGGUUUCCCUACCUAUGUCAAGUCCAUGGAGGAGGUGCUUUCCUCAUCCCCUACCUUAUAGCGCUGGUGUUUGAGGCUCCCCUGCUCUACCUGGAGUUGGCUAUAGGACAGAGGCUCCGCUUGGGCAGCGUAGGGGUCUGGAACUCCAUCUCUCCGCUGCUGGGUGGACUCGGUAUCGCCUCCACCAUUGUUUCAUUGCUGGUGUCCCUUUUCUACAACACCAUCCUGGCCUGGGUGCUCUGGUAUUUCUUUCACUCUUUCCAGGAACCACCGCCCUGGAAAAACUGUCCAAUCAAUGCAAACCUCACAGGCUAUAUUGUGGAGUGUGAGAAAAGCACUCCAGUGAAUUACUUCUGGUAUCGUGAGACCCUGAACAUCACACCUGACAUCGAAAUAAGCGGCUCUCUGCAGUGGUGGAUGGUCCUCUGUUUGAUCAGCGCCUGGUUUAUCGUCUACAUCUGCGUCAUCAAAGGCAUCAACUCCAUAGGAAAGGCUGUGUAUGUGACAUCCACGUUCCCUUACCUGGUACUGACUAUUUUCCUGAUCUAUUCCCUUACUCUGCCUGGAGCUACUGAUGGACUGACAUAUCUCUUUACUCCUAAAUGGGACAAACUGUUGAACCCACAAGUGUGGCUGGACGCUGCCACCCAGAUCUUCUUCUCUCUUUCUGUAGCAUUCGGAGGUCUCAUAGCUUUCUCCAGCUACAACCCAGAGAGAAACAACUGUGAGAGGGACGCCCUUCUUGUAGGAAUAAUAAACAGUGCCACAUCUCUCUAUGCAUCCAUUCCUAUCUUUUCCAUCCUGGGUUUUAAAGCCAACAACGCCUUCCUCUCCUGUAUGGACAAAAACAUCCUGGCUCUGACAAACGAGUUUAAUAUGCCUGACCAGAACAUAACAGUGGACAACUAUGAUCACUGGGUCAAUUAUCUACAUCAGACAUAUCCAGACCAGUUCUCAGAAGUAUCCUUAAACGCCAAUUGUAGCCUACAAACAUUUCUGGAAGAGAGUGCUUCAGGUACUGGUCUGGCUUUUAUUGCGUUCACUGAAGCAGUGAUAGCAAUGCCAGUCUCUCAAAUAUGGGCCAUCCUCUUCUUCGUCAUGCUCUUCAGCUUGGGUCUCUCCUCCAUGUUUGGCAACAUGGAAGGCGUCCUCACACCCAUCAAGGACCUCAAAGUGCUUCCUAAGUGGUUGCCUGAGGAGAUCUUUACAGCGAUGGCCUUCCUAUUGUGUUGUGCUGUGGCCCUCAUCUUCGCCCUGGGCUCAGGGAACUACUGGGUGGAAGUUUUUAACACCUAUGUGGGCUCCGUCCCUCUGCUCAUCAUUGCACUCUUUGAGCUUAUUAGCGUCAUUUAUAUCCGUGGAAUGAAAACUUUCAGUGAUGAUAUCUAUUUCAUGACCGGGAGGAGGCCCAACUUCUUUUGGAAGGCGUGCUGGAUGUUCAUCAGUCCUGCGCUGCUCCUGGUGGUGUUCAUCGCCUACGUGGUCGUCCAAGCACAGCAACACCCCACUUAUCCCGCAUGGAACCCAGAUCAUGAUGAAUUCCCAAAAACCGAAAAGAAGCCAUAUCCAGACUGGGUGUUUGCCAUAAUCAUCCUUCUCUCUUCAGUGCCUGUGAUUCCCAUCCCUCUAGUGGCUAUCUACAGACUGAUCCGCCGAAAAAUGAGGAGGUCGUCUUACAAUGUCGACUUAAACCCCUACAACAAUGAUGCUUUUGAGGGUUAAGUUCACGAACAGAACAAUCAAAGACCUUGAGGACUAUGGCGAGUUAUAAGGCUGCCAUGUUCCCCAACAGAAGAAGACGUCUUCAUGUUAUCACUACUUGUGUGGAAUGUUCAUCUAAAUUGGAAUACAGAAUUUAAUAAUGAUUCUGAUGUUUAAAUGAUCAGGAGUUUUGAGAACAUGAGGUGACAUAUGACAAAAACAGAACUAGAUUUAUUUAACAGUGAGAUUUUUGUUCCUUUUGACAUUGCUUUUGUGAUGUACAUCAUGUAAAUAAUAUUCAGUAGAGUGAAAAACACAGUCUUGUUUGAUUCCACAUUCACAAAACCAUAUAUGUGAACACAAAUGUAGGUUUAAUAUGCACGAGAUCUUAAACUUCAUCCAUUUUUGAAGGGGACGAAUGUAUUGUAAAAAAAACGGAAACGGAUCAUCUUGUACAAAAAUAAUUUGACUUGCUCACCGUAAUGAUAAUAUUUCUGUGCACUUUGUCAUUAAAUGU